CCUUGAAACACCACCGCUACUUCUCCCACUUCCCUCGACUCCUGAUGUACUGUUUUUUUCUCUCCCAGUUGGCUUAAGGUGACACGAAGUCAGUGUUCACCACGUUCUUUCUGCUCUCGUUUUUAGAAGCGAUGCUGCCGUUAUUGGCGGUUUAUCGACCUCUCGUUCAGCUCAUUUCUCCUUAUCGCCCUCUGGUUUUAGGUUAAUCCUCUGCGGGUAUUCGAAUUUCACAUAGAUACUGGCUGCGAUCUGCAAUUGAGGCCUUUUUUGACCGAUUAAUUGUCGACGAACUGUGAUUGAUCUGCGGUGGAACAUCCACGAUCGAAUCCUAAUAAACAGCACAUCGACAAUGGAGAGCUCCGACCCGAUCGCGUCUCGCGCGCAUCCCGCGGACAGCGUUCCCGACAACGAUGAGCCAACGCAUCCGAACCAUACCGAUUCGAUGGUGACGGUCCCUUUAUCCGACGUACAGUCCAAUUCCGAGCAUUCGCAGCCCGAUUGGCGGACGCUUGAUAUUCCUCAGACACCCGUCGAGUCGACUUUGCCUGGGGAGGAAGAGACAUAUGAUGAAGCUAAUGUGGAAAGGGAGACAACGCCGACCCAGGGCUUUGUGAAAACAGAGCUUGCGACGGAUUGUACCUCGGCGGCUCCCUCUGUUCGGUCCCGUAGCAGCGAAGAAUAUGAACGGGGCGAUGCAGUUAACUGGGAAGAAUUGGAUAAAACAGAAGAGCAAGAGCCCCGUGGUGAGGGAUCUGAUGAAUCGACUGCUCUUCUUUUGGCUCGGUUGGAGCAGGAGAACAAUGCUCUAGCGACGAAUCCCAAGUCUGUGAGCCAGCACCGACUGCAGACAAGGGCGUCGCGAGCGCAGUCACUCCAUCAAAUCAAGCGGCUGAUUAACGAGGACCCUCGAUCGUCUCUGCGAUACUCUCAGCUGCCUCCUCCUCCCAUGACUGAGCUCGACUUGGCUGGGGCUCGAGAUUCUUCAUUACUAGUCGAAUAUGAAAGGCUGUGCGGCGAAUCAAGUCCGUACGAAGGAUUGAUCGGAAAAGACAUUGGUCGCAGUUUUCCUAACGUGGAAAUGUUCCGUGACCCCCACGGCGAGGGACAGCAGAUGCUGGCUAGAGUUUUGAAGUGUUUCAGUCUCUACGACACUAAGAUCGGCUACUGUCAGGGGCUGGGAUUCGUCGUCGGACCCUUGCUGAUGCACAUGACCGAUGCGGAAGCGUUCUGCGUACUAGUACGGUUGAUGGAUCACUAUGAUCUGCGGACAUGCUACCAGCCUGAUCUAUCGGGUCUCCAUUUGCGCGUCUAUCAGUUCCAGAACCUCCUUGCCCGCCACCGUCCCGCUUUGUUCGCCCACCUGGAAUCCUUAAAUGUGGAGCCGAUCUAUGUGUCUCAAUGGUUCCUGUCCUUUUUCGCAGUAUCCUGUCCUCUUCCCAUGCUUCUUCGCAUUUACGAUGUCAUCUUCUUGGAAGGGGCCUGUGAGACCUUGAUGCGUGUCGCCUUGUCGCUGAUGCAGAGGAACGAGAAGAAGAUCAUGGCCUACACUGAGUUUGAGGAUGUGAUGCAAUUCUUGCUGUCGAGAAGUUUGUGGGAUACAUACGCUUGCCAUGCCGACGACUUUGUCAAUGACUUUGUCUCGCUGACAUCGCUGGUCACCAAGGAAAGUUUGCAGGCGUUGGAAGCCAGCUAUAAUCAAUCGCAAGGAAUGCCGACCGGCAUCACUUUCCCUCAGAUGCAGGCCGCGGCGUCGAGAUUCCUGGGCCGAUUCUGGGCGGGAUCCGGCUCUCAGACGAAGUCCUUCAAUCUCAACCCCAACAACGGCAGUAUGUCAGCUCGCGCCAGUGUCCGCCGGUCCGCAUCCAAACAGAGCAUGACAUCCACGCUCAAUUCGAUAGAAUCAACAUCCGAUGCGAGUACAGCUCCGACGGAGCUCUCAGCAGAACCACCCAAGCCACGGGCGAAGUCAGCCAUGUCGCACAACAAAGACCGUGAUCUGCACUCACAGAUCGAGGAUUUGCUGAUGGCGCUAAGCGAUCUCCAGCGGCAGCAUGCGAAUCUUACACGGGAGCUGCAGCAGGAGCGCGAGGAACGGGAGGAGGACCAGGAACUGGCGAAGUCCAUGCUGAACUACAUCAAGGAGGUCGAGGCAGAUGACCCGCCAGCUGAGCUGAUCAGCAAAGCGGAAGAGAGAUUCGUGGACGCGGCCAACGCGAAGCGCAUUUCGAUCCCCCAGACGAAGCAGCAACUCCGUGAGGAUCUCAACCGGUGGAAGGAGAUGCACGAGGUCGAAGCGGGCCGGUGUCUCGACCUGACGCGUCGCAUUGACGAACAUGAACAAGAGAACUCGUCGCUGAGAGAGCAGUUGCGCGAGGCUCGCAGUCGCAUCCAGGAUGGUUACCGAGAUCGCCAACGCCUGGAGAGAACCAUCCGGGAGCUGCGGACCAUCAAGACGUCGACCCCCGACUCACCACCAGAGACAUUUGGCUCGCCGACCAGUGACGCCGGAGAGAGCCGGUCGCCCAGCGGGCUCCGCGAGCUCAAGCUGGGGCGGUCGAAUUCGCAGAAGAGCACGACGUUCAACAAGAGGUCGAGCAGCCUCGGACUGCAGUCGGUCCUGGCGACGGAGAACCACAAGCCCGCAGCGGAGGAGACGCUGCUGCUGGAACUGGUGAACGCCAAGACGGCCGAGGCGGUGGCCAAACAGGAGCUGGAAGAAGUCAAGGCGAAGCUGGACUCGUUGAGGAAGAUGAUCGGAGGGCAAGGAUCAUUGCAACGAAGCGAUUCGCGAAAUUCUUUUAUCGGCCGGUCCUCGACGAAUCUCGCCAAAUCAGCCACGGAGCCGGUUAAUAGUGGAGGAGGAUUCUUCAGUGGCUGGGGGCGUCGAGCCGUGUCUUCCAACGAUUCGUACGCAGAAGCCAGGUGAUUUUCGGCCUGUGGCAUUGGUGUCUGGCAUGUUGGAUAGGCGUUUGGUUUUUCAUCUUUUUCAAGUAUAUGAUACCUUGUAUAUACCUCAC